GAUACUCUCUUUAUAAAUAACGUUGUGUUUGCUGUGGCCCAUUGUUUCUUUCCAAAGACAAUGGAGACGAAAUUUCUUCACUCGUCUCUUCUGCCAUUGCUUCUCCUCCUCUCAUGCUUCUUUCAUACAUCCUUUGUUCAUUCCAUGGGAUCAAGUACCCAUGACUCCAGGUGCUCCGGUUCUGACAUCUCCAUCCCCUAUCCUUUCGGUGUUCCUGGCCAAAUCCCCUCCCCAGCCCAAGGGUUCCUGAUCACAUGUGGUCCAUUAAGUCCGAUGCUUCCCAUCGGCAACACCGUGUUCACUAUUCUCAACAUCUCGUUGCUGGAUGGUUCUGUGAGCAUCAUGGCUAGUGCCGCUUCUCGUUCUCCGCAGUGCAGAGGGAACUAUGCUAGCUUUAGCCUUGACGGGACCAACUUCACAUUCUCUGAUACAAGAAACAAGUUUACAGCCGUGGGCUGUAAUAUGGUGGCCAUGCUGCUGAAUGGUAGUAGCAGUUACAGCGGUGGCUGCGCAUCUUUUUGCUCUACAAAUAAUAGCAUCGUCAAUGGUGCUUGCUCUGGUGUGGCUUGCUGCCAAGCACCGGUGCCCAAAGGGUUAAAGGAGCUGUCCUUAGAAUUCACGAGCAUACCUACUAGGCUCAACAAGGGCAACGGUACUUCAGCAUGUGCCGAGGCGUUCAUCGUGGAGCAGAACUCCUAUGUUUUCUCUACCGCUAACCUGAAUAUAUCAAGUAAGAGCUCGCAAUACCGGCCUGUUGUUCUCGAGUGGUCCAUAGAUGGUGGAAGCUGUGAGGAGGCAGCAAAACACUCUGCAUCAUAUGCCUGCAAGGAGAAUUCUUACUGCUAUAACUCUUCCAACGGAAUUGGAUAUCGCUGCAAUUGUACCAAGGGAUUUAAGGGGAACCCUUACCUCCAAGGGCCGGAUGGAUGCCAAGAUAUCGAUGAGUGCAUCGAAAGGCCAUGCACACAUAGUUGCAUCAACAUAGAGGGCGGUUUCAACUGUGCUUGCCCAUCAGGGAUGAGUGGUGACGGCCUUAAGAAUGGAAAUGGCUGCAGUGGAAUUGGCACUCUGCAGAUUUCAAUAGUUGCGGGACUAGCUCUGCUACUUCUUCUCCUUCUUCUCGGCUUUUGGACCCACUGGCUUGUUAAGAAGAGAAAGGUUGCAAAGAAAAGACAGAGAUAUUUUAUGCAGAAUGGUGGCAUUUUGUUGAAGCAGCAGAUGCUUUCUCGGAGGGCACCUCUGCGGAUAUUUACCUCAGGUGAGCUUGACAAAGCAACCAACAAAUUCAGUGAUAACAAUAUUGUUGGUAGAGGUGGGUUCGGAACAGUCUACAAAGGUAUACUGUCAGAUCAAAUGGUUGUAGCAGUCAAGAGGUCGCAGCGUGUUGAUCAGAGCCAGGUGGAACAAUUCGUGAAUGAGCUGGUCAUUCUUUCACAAGUGACCCACACGAAUGUGGUUCAGCUACUAGGCUGCUGUCUUGAGGCAGAGGUUCCCUUAUUGGUUUAUGAAUUUAUCACCAACGGGGCCCUUUUUCAUCAUCUUCACAAUACAUCGGUCCCAAUGUCAUGGGAGGAUCGCCUAAGGAUUGCAGUUGAAACUGCCUCAGCACUUGCAUACUUGCACUUAGCUGCAAAGACGCCAAUCAUUCACAGAGAUGUCAAGUCAUCAAACAUACUUCUUGACGGGAGCUUCACCGCAAAGGUCUCUGAUUUUGGUGCCUCAAGGCCAAUUCCCCAGAAUCAGACCCAUGUGACGACCUUAGUGCAGGGGACACUAGGGUACAUGGACCCUGAGUACUUCCAGACAAGCCAGCUGACUGAGAAAAGUGACGUGUACAGCUUUGGUGUGGUGCUUAUCGAGCUACUGACAAGGCAGAAACCAAUAUCUGAUGGCCAGAUGGACGAGGUGAAAAGCCUAGCAAUGUAUUUUAGCACGUUGUUCCACGAGAAUCGGUUACUGGAAAUUGUAGAUUCUCAAGUGGCUGAGGAAGCUGGAAUGAGACAUGUUAAAACUGUCGCGCAGUUGGCUUUAAGAUGCUUAAGGUUGAAAGGUGAAGAGAGGCCAAGGAUGAUAGAGGUUGCAGUUGAACUUGAAGCGCUGAGAAGGCUGAUGAAACAACACUCUGCCCUGGAGGGUGAAGAAGAGCCUGUGCUUUGGGAGUCGAGGUGCCACGGGGAGAUGAAUUUGUGCGCGCAAUCAAGUUUUAUCCAUGAUGGCACUGCCAAGGAUGAAAGCAUGGAGAUCAUUCUACUUCCAUCUGGUGAUCUGUCUUGUUAGGUCCUCCAUACUAAUGAUCGGGUCCCCUUUGUAUGUAGAUGGCAUGCAAUCAGGUAGAAAGAAACCCAGAGUGGGGUUAUAUUAGUGAGUCUGUCCACGUUUCAUUCAUCCUAUUUGUUCGAGCCAUUCGUACGUGAAGAAACUUUACUGACUCGGCUCAAGUUCCCACUUGUAGUGUACCAAAUCUUCGUAUGUUAAUCAGAAUAUCCAUUU